UCGUCGAUGAUGGACCCAGAUACCGGUUUCUUCGCGUCGGAAUCACCGGCAGUGAGGGAAGAGAUGGAGAGCCUCGACCUCUCCGACGCCACCGCACCCUCCUCCCUUCCCUUCUUCGUCGAACCGCCAUCGUACGCCGACGUCGUCUUAAAAAGCACCUUUGAGCCUCAGAACGCCGUCACCAUCCCCGGCAGCGGGUCCUAUCCCCCCCGCGCCGCCGCCUCGGAUUAUCUCAGGAUCGUCGUGUCGGAUCCGGAAACGAUGCAGGAGACCUCGAACUCCCCUGUCCUUGGCGGCACCACCUACGUCACCUACCCCAUCACCACCUGGGUCCGCGCCGUCGGCCAUGGCGGCCCUUCGGUGUUCUGCGUCCAACGGAGGUUCCGCGACGUCGUCACUCUCGCCGCCCGGCUCGCGGAGGCGUACCGGGGGUACUUCAUCCCGCAGCGGCCGGACAAGAGCCUCGUCGACGGCCAGGUGAUGCAGAAGCACGAGUUCGUUGAGCAGCGGCGGUGGGAGCUCGAGAAGUACCUGCGGAGGCUGGCGGAGCAUCCCGUGAUUGGGAGAAGCGACGAGCUUAGGGUGUUCUUGCAGGCGCAGGGGAAGCUGCCGCUGCCGGCGGCCACCGAUGUGGCGUCGAGGAUGCUAGAUGGGGCGGUGCGGUUGCCGAAGCAGCUGUUUGGGGACGCGGCAGCUGGUCGAGUGGCGCCGGAGGAUGUGGUGCAGCCGGCAAAGGAGGGGAGGGACCUGUUGAGGAUAUUUAAGGAGCUGAAGCAGGCGGUGGCUAAUGAUUGGGGAGGGGUCAAGCCCUUGGUGGUGGAAGAGGAUAGAGAGUUCUUGGAGAGGAAGGAGAAGAUGCAGGUCCUCGAGCAGCAGCUCUGCACAGCUUCUCAACAGGCUGAGGCACUUGUGAAAGCACAACAAGAUAUUGGUGAGACAAUGGGAGAAAUGGGUUUGGCAUUCAUCAAACUCACCAAGUUUGAGACUGAGGAGGCCAUAUUCAGCUCUCAGAAAACACUAUCAGCUGAUGCCAAAUGUGUGGCAACUGCUGCUGUCAAAGCAAGCAGAUUGUAUCGCGAACUGAAUGCUCAAACCGUAAAGCAUCUGGACACUCUACAUGAAUAUCUUGGGGUAAUGUUAGCUGUUCAGAGUGCAUUCUCGGAUCGGACCAGUGCUUUAUUGACGGCGCAAACGCUGAUGACAGAUUUAUCAACUUUGCAUGCAAAGGUUGAGAAACUUGAGGUUGCAUCUUCGAAGAUAUUUGGUGGUGACCGAUCAGGACUCCGCAAAGUGGAGGAACUUAACGAAACAAUAAGGGUUACUGAAGAUGCUAAAAGCUGUGCACUUGGAGAGUAUGAAAGGAUAAAGGAAAACAACCGGAACGAGCUUGAGAGACUAGAUAGAGAGAAGCAUGAUGAUUUUCUAAGCAUGCUUAAAGGGUUUCUAAUAAAUCAGGUCGAGUAUUCAGAGAAAGUUGCCAUUGCUUGGGCUGCUGUAGUGGAAGAAACAUGUGGCUAUGCAAGAGAAAGCAAUUAGGUAA